AUGGAUUUGGUAAAUGAAACAGCCAUCACAGACUUCAUCUUGCUGGGAUUUGGAAAUCAACCUGAAUUGCAUAUUCUGUUUUUCUUACUAUUUUUGAUCACUUACUUUAUGACCAUGACCGGGAAUCUUCUCCUUGUUAUUUUGGUUGCAACUGACAGGCGUCUUCAUACUCCCAUGUAUUUCUUCCUGGGGAACUUGUCCUGUCUGGAGAUUUGCUAUACGUCAACAAUUCUGCCCAGAAUGCUGUCCAGCUUCGUAACCGGGAAUAGAAAAAUCACAUUCUCUGGUUGUUUUAUACAGUUAUAUUUAUUUGGGUUCCUGUUGACUACAGAAACAUGUCUCCUAUCUGUGAUGUCUUAUGAUAGGUAUUUAGCCAUUUGCAAGCCAUUGCAAUAUCACUUCUACAUGAAUAAUAAGGUCUGUAUCUCUUUAGCAACUGGGUCUUGGGUAGGUGGCUGUUUUCCUGUCUCAGUGGGAGUCACAUGGUUGACACAGCUAACAUACUGUGGCUUCAAUGAAAUUGACCACUUUUAUUGUGAUUUUGUACCUCUGAGUAAGCUGGCUUGUGAUGAUACUUCAGUCUUUAUUGAAGUAGCCUUCAUGCUAUCUUCUAUAUUUACCUUUCCUUUAUUUAUGUUGACCAUGACAACUUACAUUUUCAUCAUAUUGGCCAUUUUGAGAAUCCCUUCCACUUUUGGGAGGCAAAAGGCAUUUUCCACUUGUUCUUCUCAUCUAAUUGUUGUUACCAUUUUCUAUGGAUCCUUAAUGAUUGUUUAUCUCCUGCCAGAUGACCCCCUAAUGAGAAAUUCACCCAAGCUGUUCUCUGUAUUCUAUACCAUCCUCACUCCUAUGGUCAAUCCCCUUAUAUACAGUUUGAGGAACAAGGAAGUGAAGGAGGCUUUGAGAAAAUUACUCCAGGUGUACUGCUAG